UAUCAGUAUUUUUAAUAUCACUGCUAGUGUAGAUACUUUCUAUGCAUUUCACCUUUUUCAAAUGACUGGCAUCCUUUGUGAUAUCUCAUACAACUUGAAGAACGUUAGCAACCAAGAUGAUCGUAUUGCAAUAGUACGUCAAUGUCUUGUGCAGUACAGCAUUGUGUUAAAAUGUCGAGACAAGCUCCAACGAAUUUAUGGGCCCAUCAUUCUUUGGACGAUGGGGACCAAUGCAAUUUUACUUUGUGGAGUUGCAUUUCAAAUUACUCACCUACAAACUGUAUCAACAGCCAGAAUAAUAUUAUUCAUUGUCCAUGGUGGAAUGAAAACCAUUCAAAUUUUUAUGUAUAAUUGGGCUGGAAGCCGUUUGACAGAAGAGUCUGAAAUUUAUAGAACAGCUCUAUAUACAUCCAAUUGGUUAGAAAAUAAAAAACUGAUGAAAAUAAUAGCUAUCGCACUUGGACAAAAACCACUCAUCGUAAAAGCUUGCAGUUAUUUAAUCGUUUCUCUUGACAUGUUUGUAUACGUCAUGAAUGCAACUGCAUCAUAUUUUGUCUUUCUACAAACAAUGGAAAUACAUUAA